CUCAUUCACGAACUUAAUUGUACUUUUGCUUACUUGCUAUAAAUACAUGACGUCAUUGCGACCUUGUCAUGAAGGUGAAGGCGUUGUUUAUUGAAAACCUAACCAAUGAAAACAAGCAUUUCUUUUGAACAAUUAUGUUAAUUCCAUACGCCAUUACUCCUUAUGCGAUCAUUUCUUUCAUACUAUGACGAGCUAUUGUACAGAGCAAAAAUGUCAAACAUUGUAAUCAGCAAUUCAAGUUCAGACGAAGAGAACCCAGGUGCUUCUGGAAAUAGUAACGCCUCUCCAACAGGCAUUACAGAAACACAUACAUUGGAAUCCUGCAAAUAUGACAGGUACGUUGACACAACCGAAGAGGGUAUAGAAGUAAUAAUUCAUGUAAGAUUUUGCAAUUGUUCCAGUGAUUACGUUGACAAAAGUUACCUGGCGCAAGAAAAAAUGGAUUUUAUAGCCAUGGACGGGAAGGACAUCCAUUUUGAUCAAGCAUGCAAAUGGCACAGAUUUUCAUCACAACAAUGCGGCAAAACUGUGUACAUUCUUAAACAGUACUGCAGUGGAUGUAAUACUCAAACAAAAAGCGAUGCAUCGCAUGCAAUGAACAUGGUUACACCUUCAAACUGACGUUAUAAAAUAGUAUGUUAAAAUCAACAUCUACAAACAUUUCCACCUGAAUACAUUUACAGAACUAUCAUUGUUGCUCGUGAUUCAUUGAACUUAUAAAGUGUGUAUUAUAGUUAUAAAUGAAAGUUGUAUUCAGCUUUAUAAUAAUUGACUUGCUUCCUGUGAUAAAGUGUAACCUAAUAAUCAAUACUAAAAGUUUUUAACUUGAGUGUGUGUUGUUAAUAUACCAAAACGUCUGAAGUGUUUUGUUUCCAAAAUUCGCUGUAAAUUUCUUAAAUGUGUUAACAAAUAAAAUAUAUAAGAAAAUAAUAUUCAACGUGUUUCCUUGUUGUUGUUUUUUUCCAACAAUUCAGCAAAUUUGAGACCCAUCCUUUAUCUUACGAAAGAGAAAAAAUGCAAAAUAAGCUGUCGAUUACUAUGAUAUAGAUACGAUUCAAAACGAGGCUCACGCUACGGCUUUUUGAAAAACAAUUGUGUAUAAGCAACAUAUCUCUGUAAUCCCAGUGAGCGUGAGAGAUUGCUAAAAAUAGUAACAAAUAGAAAAACCCCUACAGUUCAAAGAAGUUCGGCCUAUAAAAAGGAUCAACAGCCGUGUUUUCUAAUUGAUUCGUAAUUUUCAACGAUUUUUAUCAGUAAUAAUGAAUCAACCAAGAGGUAAUAUUUCAAGUGAAUCUGAUGAAGACCUGGACUAUGUUGAUGGUGUUGGAGCACAACCAACUGGUCAGAAGGAACAACAUUCAGACAAACAUUGUAAAUAUAAGCGAUCUUCUGGUAUAGUUAAUGGAAAAGAGGUCGUCAGGCAUAUCAGAAUAUGUAAAUGCGGAAACUUUUACGAUAUGAGAUAUUUAGAAGAAAGUGAUGAUUUCACUAAUAUUAACGGAAGGGAGUUUCAUUUUUCGACAUGUUGUAAAUGGAAGAGACAAAGGAAACAAACUAAUGGGAGGAAAUUCUACAUUCUACAUCGUUUCUGUGGCUGUAUUAGUCCACAGACCAGCCAAAGUACGAGCCAAAUGAACAGGGUUCCGCCAAGCUGGAAUUGAUUUGUUGCUACAAAACAAGGACAGUUCUACUACCUGGACAAGAAAGCAGAUGAAUAAAGAUAGAAGAUAAAAAAUUGUAUUACUUCUUAGCAGUAGCAAUUGUUAUC